AUGGACAUUGACUCAGAUUCGAUUUGUUCCGAAGACCUGAAAAGACCUUUGCCUCGCCACAUUGACGUGGAUCAGUGUGGGGCGGGCGAUGACAGAGCCGCGAGUUUGAAUUUUCCAGAGAAUGAAGCCGAAUGGAAUAUGUUUUUGAAUGCUCCCAACGAACUCGAAGGAGGACAGGACGAUGUCGCAGGGCAGUGUGAAACUGCCGUGUCUGAUGAGGAGUGCACAGGGCUAGACGUGACGCAAAUUCAGGAGCUAGAAGGACCAAUGAAAGAGAAACUCAAUCAAACCGUGUUUGACAGUCAGUUCCACUCAGAGCCAGGGAGUGAGCUGAAGCUGCCUUGGGAGGCAGGAAUAUUUGCAGAGAUUUUUGGGGGCCCCAAUUCGCAGGACACCGUUCCCAAACCUUUGAUAUCGGCUUCUGCAGAGGACUUGGAGACCAGGUUCCGUCAGCGUGACCUGCAACAAACCAUAGGUCAGCCAAAGAAAGGUUCCUUUUUGAGGGUGAUCAAGUUUCACGAAGUCGAGGAGGAAGCUUUGGCAGAAGAAAGGCGAUUGAACCGUCUCUAUGAGAAGUGGACCAUUCUGGUGUCGAUCAGUUCGUCCUGUCUGCCAGAAAGUUUCGCCAACUUAGCCGAGGACACCAAGGAGGGCGUUGCUACACUCAAACUUUUCUUAGGAUCGAAGAGCGUUGCCACGCUUGAGAAAAGAGUCGCGUCGUUGCUUGGAUUCAGCAGUUGGGCGCGCAAAGAGAAGAAACAAUCAGAUAUUUUUCCUGCAUCCCCUCUGGACAUUGAGAACUACUUUUCUUUCUUGACAACGUGUGAGGCAGCUCCUUCUGCCUACACAAGUUUUGAGGAAGCAGUGAACUUUUGCAAGCAUCACCUUCACAUGAGGCUUGUUUCUGAAACCGAGGAAGGAAUAGUGACUUUGAAAGGCAGAAGGUUGCUGGAAAGCUCCCUGGGCCAGAGAAAGGAGUUAAGGCAGGCACGCCCGUUGACAGUCACAGAGAUCAAGCGCUUGGAACAGAUGCUGAGCGAUGAGGGCGUCUCGCUGACUGAACGAUACUUUGUCGGUGUUGUUCUGUUUUGCAUCUACUCUAGGUCCAGGUGGAGCGAUGUUCGCAAAGUGUACAACGCAGUAUGCGAUAUCCCGCAGGUUGCGCGGGCAACCAGUCAUGGCUUCUUGGAGUGCCGAACUCGGUCUCACAAGACGGCUCAUCUGGUACGAAAGAAAGGGCUAGUUAUGCCACUAGUGGCACCAGUCCUGGGACUUGAAACCCCUCCUUGGGGCGUGAAAUUUCUGGACGUGGCCAAGGAAACCGGAUUAGCUUUCGUCGAUCGGCCUGAAGGGCCCUUGAUGCCCGCGCCCGACAAGAGUGGCGCCUGGACACAGAGAGCAGUCAGAAGCUCAGAGUGUUCAAAGUGGAUUCAGGUGUUGCUUGACGAGGACCCGAAGGAGACGCGACGGCCAACGUCGCAUUCUUUGAAGGCCACAACACUCAGCUGGUGUGCAAAGUUUGGCAUCGAGCCACACAGUCGCCUGAUACUCGGCCACCACAGCACGAACUCCAGAUCUGCUGACAUUUAUGCCAGGGAGCUCUUGGCUUCCCCGUUGAGGGAGUACGAAAACAUGCUUCAACAUGUUCGGCAGGGAACUUUUUGCCCAGACAACACCAGAUCCGGUAUGGUGGCAGAGCAGGAGAACGAAGGCAAGAUCAACAACGACGCCUCUGAGAGCAUCGCGACAAAGCCUGAGGCUCCAAUCGCGGUGGAGGAGGAGGAUCACAGGGUUGAACCCACAGACUUUAGCCCAGCCAGGUUGCUGGAUGACCAAUCUAGCGAAUCUAGCGAAUCGAGUUCCGAUGCCUCCAUGUCUGACCAAGAGCUGGCCGAUUUCCAGCCUGAGCACGGAGCUAUCAACAGUGAGCCUGAUGUCCAACUUUUUCAACACCAUAGGACUAAAGUCGUGCACAAGAAAGCUUUAGGCACAAUUCGCAACCGCUUUCAUUGCGGUAUAGUCCACACAUCCGAUUUUCGUGAGAUCAGUGAGAGUUUGUUUUUGCAGAGUCGGAAAUGUCUUCGCUGCGAAACAGUUCGACCAAUCAGAGAUUAUGGCGCUUUGGCGGCAGUGCUGAAGCGGCAGCGCACUCAGGCUUGA